AAGACAUUCAGAUCAUGAAGAAAAAGAUGCCUCGUGCCUUGUCCAUUUUCUACGAAUUAACAGGGGAAGACCGAUACGAAGACUAAUGGCGCGGCGACGUCCUUGAACUUCUACACACCGUUUUAACUCGCACCCAACAGCAGAAAAGAAGUCCCAAGUUGAAGCUUUUGCUUCUCUCUCCCGAAUCAGAAGUUCUUCAGCAAUGGAGGACGCGAUUCACGUAGUCAAAUCCGCUAAGCCAGCCGCGUCCUGUUCAGACCCUAGGUACGAUUCCUGCCUCUCUCUCUCUCUCUCUCUCUCUCUCUCAUAUGCCAACUUGUGAUUCUGUUAGCGAUGCGUUCGAGUUGAAUCAUGAGAGAGACGAUGCUCAGUCGGUCGCCAUCACCUCCGACCGUGCUGAGAUCAUCCUCGUUCGUCACGGACAAACAGAGUCGAAUGUUGAGAAAAGAAUUCAGGGCCAUUUGGAUGUUGAAUUAACUGAAGCUGGGAGGCAGCAAGCACGUGCGGUAGCCGAUAGACUAGCUAAAGAAGGUGAAAUCUCCGCAAUCUACUCCUCCGACCUAAAACGAGCUACCGACACAGCAGAAUUGAUUGCAAUGGCUUGUGGUGGGGUGAAUGUUAUCAAAGAUCCAGAUCUACGGGAACGAAAUGCAGGAACACUUCUUCAGGGCCUUAAGAGAAGUGCAGCGCCUCAAAAACAACCCGAGGCUUAUCGAUCCCGCGAGAGGGACCAAGAAAUCCCGGGUGGUGGUGAAAGCAAGGAUCAGCUUUACCGGCGAUGCACUACUUGCUUGCAAAACAUUGGCUUGAAUCACAAAGGGGAGCGAGUAGUAGUGGUCACACAUGGAGGCGUGUUCGGAUCGCUCUAUCGGAUGGUUCACCCGAACGAAGGUAAUUCUGGACCGAGGAUAGAGAACACUUCCAUCGGCAUUCUGCACUUGUUUGGUGGGGACAAUUGGGUCGUAAAGUCCUGGGGCGAUAUUAGCCAUCUCAACCAAACAAAAGAGAAGCUUUAGUAGCAUUUUGAGAUAUAUGGCGAGAUCUAAAACAGUGUGAGGCUAAAAUGGCUAUUUUUCUUGACACUAGUUCUGUAUCCAUUUCGAUCUUGCAAAAGAGUCAUGUUGCAACUUAGCCAAAGUGUGAGAGAGACCUACUCAUUAGACAUUGCUUGACAAGCGACAG